GAACACACCAUCUUAUAUCCGUGAACGCUGAUUGACGCAUGCAGCAUGUGGCUGUCGCAAGCGUGUUCUCAUCGAUCGCACGCGUCAAUGGACGUGGCCACAUCACAACAUAGACGGACGGCAGGAGAGGGAAUGUAAGGUUAUGGAGAGAAGAAAAUCGGGUACCAGCACAACUCAGAUGAUCAGGAAGGUCAUUUUGGCUAUGGCUGAACUUGAUCAGAGUAAACGGCCAUGGGCUGCCAUGAUGCUUGUCGCCUCCUGGUUUACGCUGUCCUGUGUCCAAGAUGUGUGCCUAUUCUAUUUCAUGCAAACAUCUGGUCAACUGGUAGGACCAAACAGUAUUGUUUUUCUGCCAGUUGUACUUUCACUGGCAGUGCUUGUUCUGUGCUUGGCUUCACUUAAACUCGAAUACCAGCAAAAGGAGAGCUCUUAUUUAGAAACAAUCUGUGUUAUCGUUCUGACUCAUCUCUCUGGUGUAUUCCUUGCAAACAUUUGGUUUCAAAUUCCUGAUGUCCAGUUUGGCAUCGCGGGCGGACUGAUGGAACCAGUAACAGCUCUUGUACUAAUCUAUAUAUGUACUGGGUACUUCGGAAACUCUACAAGGGCCUCAAGCUUGUGUAUCAUUUCUUUUGGGAUGAUCUUCUUCACAGUUAGUACAUCCAGUUUUAUCAAAAUGGAUAGGACAGUCCUCAUCAAACUUCUCUGUGGAAUGUUCUUCAUAUUAAGAAACAUUAGCGUCAAGUAUUUCCACGAAGAAAAGGUCCACAUUAUGCCCAGAACAAACAGGACGUUAUUAGGCAUCAUUGGAGGCAUGCCUGUCGUUGUCGUUGGACUUUCCUUGUACCUGGAUCCGGUUUGGGCGCUUCCACUUGUGUUGGCAGUUGUUACCUGUGUCCUUCAAGCAGCCACAACCUACAUAACAUGCGCACUCCUUCUCGAUAAAUUCAGCAUUACAACAGUUGCUGUUCUUAGUGCCGUUCUGCAGUUCACUGAGGCACAAGUUCUGGUGACAUCAUCGCGGACGCCAGUUGUCAUGGCGAUACUGGCGCUAGUGCUGCUGUGUGUGGGACUGUAUGUCUAUGCGCAGGAAACAGUGGAUACUGGACAUACCUUUCAGAGUCGGAAGAUUGUGUCAACAAAUGAGAUGUUCACACGGAUACAGUUUCUCCUCUUCUCUGCCAGUAUAUUUGGGGUUGUAUUCUAUGGUCUGCAGCCACGUGUGAGUCAGCGAGAUCUCCAAACCCUCAGUUAUGUGGGUUUGGACAAGGUCAUCCGUCGGCUACUCAGCAUUGACAUGCCAGAGGAACACGAGCACUGACGACAUGACCGAACUCUCGGGUGGUCAGUUCAACAGGAAAUGUAGUACUUUAGGGGAUAAGAAGUAUUUUUGUACAUAGGGUCUUUCAGUGAAUAUCCUUGAUGCGGGUGAUAUGUCUUAAGUAGCUGGCCAUGUGGUUUAUAGAGGGAGGUGUUAUACAAUCUGGUGCUUAGUUUCAGUUAGACCUUUACACAUUUAAUAGUGUGAUGUUUGAAACGUACAUGCCUAUGUGAUAUAAUAUUGUUAAUUCCAGGAUUGAUGAAAAUAAAGCAUUCAGACUA